AUGGCCGCCACAAAUCCUAGACAGCCAUUUGUCUGUCUCCGUCGUCUUCCCAAGACCAAACGCACAUACUCCACCACAACAACACCGCUCCCGCCCACGCCUCCGCCCUCCGGCGCAGCAAAACUGUCCACCCGCCGCUUGAUCUCCCUUCAUGGCCCCGAUGCGCCAAAGUUCCUUCAAGGCAUAUUGACGAACAAUGUCAAUCCUGCAUCGCAUUCGCCCUUCUUCGCCGCUUUCCUUACCGCUCAGGGAAAAGUCCUGCACGAUGUAUUCGUGUACCCAACUCUGGGGUCAACCUUCCACGCCGAGCACAACAAGACCGAGGAUCCUGGGUACUUGGUCGAAGUUGACGCGCAACAAACCAGCAAUCUGCUGAAACAUCUCAAGAGACACAAGCUACGGUCCAAAUUCCAGCUCAGACUUUUGGAAGAGGGUGAAUUGGAUAUUUGGGCGGCGUGGAGGGAAGACCAGAAGUGGACACCGCAUACCAACAGUUCAGGCGAAGGCUCCAAUGUCGAUGCAGAAGGCAAUAUCUCAAUGGUGGAUGCACGAGCGGCAGGCUUGGGCCAGAGGAUCUUGUUGCCAUCGACAAAGUUAUUGGAGCAACAUGCUUCUAUGGAAGGAUUGAGUGAUGCAGGACUAGACGCCUACACGAUACGAAGAUACACCCGUGGUGUCCCCGAAGGACAAGACGAGAUCCCUCGCGACGACGUUUUGCCUAUGAACACCAACUUCGACAUCAUGGGAGGCAUAGAUUUCAAGAAAGGCUGCUAUGUCGGUCAGGAACUCACAAUCCGUACUCAUCAUACUGGAGUUGUGAGAAGGCGAGUCUUGCCAGUUUCUCUCUUCGACACUUCCUCUCAACCACCAGAGAAGAUUUCUUACGAUCCUGACACCACGUUUGCGACUCCAGAACGCGAUGCGGCGAUUGCGAUCGAAGGCAAGAGAGGCAAGCCAGGCAAAUGGAUCAACGGUGUUGGAAAUGUUGGUUUGGCGAUGUGUAGGCUGGAGCUCAUGACUGACCUGCAAGUCACUGGUGAACCCAGCACUUUUAGCCUUGAGGACAGAUUCGUCGUCAAGGGCGCUAGUGCCGAGGAGCAGGUAUUGGGUGUCAAGGCUUUUGUGCCCGAUUGGGUGAAGAGCAAGAUUCGAGCUCCCAAGGUGCAGAGGAGGGUUGAGUAG